UUGGACAUGAUUGAAACGUGUACUUACAUAUAAUUGAAAAAAAAUGUGCUUGGACAUGUAUUUAGACAUGAUACUAUUAUAACUUUUUCAAUUGGGAAACAUAUGGAGUUAUGCUGAUCCUAAUUUUUGCAAGUGUUUUGUUAGAUCCAGGUCGUGUAGACGGGUCUUCGAUUAUUAAGUGUGAAACAUCGGGUUUAGGGCGUCUUCGAUAUGGAGAUAAAUGCCAAUAUGAAUGUCAUUGUGUAAACCGGUCUGAGCAGUGUGACAUCAUAACAGGUGCCUGCAGCAGUGGAUGCGACUUUAACUGGGUAGGACCCGGAUGUCAAUUUAAAAACAUUGCUUUCCGACAAAAUACGCGACACUUAAGUAAUAUUAAACCUGCGUUGUAUUCUGAAUUGGCUAAUGAUGACUCCCUAUCAACAUGUAGCCGUACGUCUGACAAAAACUCAGUGGCACCUUGGUGGAACAUAUGGAUACCAGAGUAUGCAGCUGUUAGGAAAAUUGAGUUCCUCACAACAGCUAACAUUACAAAAGAUUUCUCGUACUUUGAAGUAAUAGUGUUCAAUACAACAAAUGAAAGUUUUAGAAAAAAAGAAAAUCUGACAGGAGGGGUAGUUUGUUAUAAACACAAUCACUCUAUACCAAAAGAGAAACACAUACUAAUAACAUGCAAUGGAUAUCCGGUCGGUAAUUUAGUACAAUUGCAACUUGCGACUUCAAAUGUUCAACUCGUACUCUGCGACGUCAGAAUAUACGAAGGAAAAUAA